AUGAUUGCUGGCGCGUUUGGUUCACAUGGUUUGAAGAGUAGACCAGGAAUGACUACCGACAGGCAAACUGCUUUUAUGACUGCUGUACACUACGCGGUAUAUAACGGUCUUGGACUCCUCGUCAUCUCUUCUCACCCACGGUUUGCGGUCCACCGCUUUGCCACCCCUGCCAUCGCGCUUGGCGGACUUCUCUUUUCGGGUACCAUUUUUGGUCUGACUCUGAACAGGGACCGAUUUAAGGCUUUGGGUCCAGUCACACCUAUGGGUGGCGCUUUGAUGAUCGCUGGGUAUGUGGCUCUCGUCUGCUUCCUGCGAUCAUGA